CGUCCAUCUUGAAUACAGUAAGCAAACGGUGACUGACAGCAACAGAGAGGGAAAUCGCGAUAAAUUGAGUUCCGACCGCUCUAAAAAGUCAAUCGACCGCGAACACCGGGACAAUACAUAUUGAAGGAUUACAUUUAGUGACGUUAUCUGUCAAUUCCGUCUCAUUUUUGGCGUCAUACUCCCGACGGGGCUGAUGAAGUUAUUUCGGAGGCUGUAACGUUAUGUGCUAAGCUUUAUUCAGCCGUCGACAUGUCUUAGUUUAAAACGACUGUUUGUUUUAACUACCUACCUUAGCAGUUCUGGAGAAGCUUUGUGAGGUCGGGAAUUGCAGGUUAGAGUAAUUAACACCAGAAGGGAAUGUGGAUAUAGCGCGUUUGGCCAUAUUUAAGUCCUCCACUGUCAACUUGAGCUCGCGCGUGCGCUGAAUCGUGCGCGUGACCCCAUUUAUUUAACUUUAUCUAUGAUCUGUUGUACUACAUAUAUUAUAUUUAAGCAUAAAGCGACGUGAGCAUGAUGCGGAAACAUCGUUUAGGGAUGUUAAUUCCAUUUUUAUCCCCGUAAAUAUGCAUGCAUUUAGUGUACUGCCAUAGACUUUCCAGGUGGUUUGGAGGCAUUUAUCUGCUUGACAUUUUAGUUCCUUUGCAUUAACAACAAUAUUUUAUAUCUAUAUAUUUUAUGGCGGGUUCUAUGCAUAGGUUGUCCAGUUGUGCUGAUCACUGGGUUUGGGAGCUGGCCCAUUUACUGAACGAGUUUAUUGAACGAGCUCGUUUAUUCUGAGCGCGCGGCAGGGCAACAUUUGUAUAGAUACAGUAUUCGUACGCAUUGGAAUUUCCUCGUUAUUGAUAUGAGUUUUAAAACAAACUGCAUGGACAGUCAUAGAUCACUUUAUUUCUAAAAGCUUGUCUGCUUUGAAUGAACUAUCACCAGUGGACACUUUAAUGCCGUUUCUAAAUCGCUGAAUUUGAGGACUAUAAACUGGCAUUGGAUUUUUGCACUGCCAUAUAUCACUGACUCGGUGACAUGGAUGUGUUUCACUGACUGCUGAUCAGUGGUUCGAGGAGAAACUUGAAUGCAAAGACUUUUGGAUUUUGUAGGGCAAGACAGAAGAUUGAAAAAUGGGACCUGCAACAAAGUUGGCUUUUGGAGUGUUCCUCAUUUCCUGCUCCUCAGGUGCCAUUCUCGGCCGAUCAGAGACACAAGAGUGUGUGUUCUACAACUACAACCCCAGCUCGGAGAACCGAGGAAAUCGCAGCGGUAUUGAGUCUUGCGUGGGAGAGAAGGACAAGAGGCUUCAUUGCUUCGCAACUUGGCGAAAUGUGUCAGGAUUGGUUGAAAUCGUAAAGCAAGGCUGCUGGCUUGAUGAUGUCAACUGCUAUGACAGCACUGAGUGUGUUGAGAAGAAGGAGGACCCGGAUGUGUUCUUCUGCUGCUGCGAGGGCAACAUGUGCAACGAGAAAUUCUUCUAUAACCCUGACAUGCAGCCAGUUCAGAGUAAGGCUCCCCUCAGCGACACAAACAGCAAAGUCUUUAAGGCAACAUCUAACCCCUUCACCCAGAAGCCACCACUGUUCAGUACCCUUCUGUACUCCAUCGUGCCCAUCAUGGGCAUCACGGCAAUUGUCCUGCUCUCCUUCUGGAUGUAUCGACAUCACAAGCUGGCGUAUCCACCUGUUCUGGUGCCUACCCAGCACGCCUUUCAUAUAAUGAUAGAGGACCCUGGACCCAUGCCGCCGUCUCCCACCCUGGUCCAAAAGCCUCUGCAGUUGUUGGAAAUCAAAGCUAGGGGGCGCUUUGGCUGUGUGUGGAAAGCUCAGCUGCUCAAUGACUAUGUGGCAGUGAAGAUUUUCCCCAUUCAGGACAAGCUGUCAUGGCAGAACGAGUAUGACAUUUACAAUCUCCCUGGCAUGAGGCAUGAAAACAUUCUGCAGUUCAUUGGGGCAGAGAAGAGAGGAAGUAACCUGGACAUUGAGCUGUGGCUCAUCACAGCUUACCAUGAAAAGGGCUCCCUGACGGACUACCUAAAGGCAAACGUAGUGACGUGGAAUGAGCUGUGUCACAUUGCUCAAACCAUGGCUAGGGGCCUGGCUUACUUGCACUCUGACUUCCCCGGACACAGAGACGGCCACAAACCAGCCAUCGCACACAGAGAUAUUAAGAGCAAGAAUGUGCUGCUGAAGUCUAACCUGACGGCCUGUAUAGCUGACUUUGGUCUGACUUUGAGGUUUGAGGCAGGAAAGUCAGCUGGGGACACACAUGGGCAGGUGGGAACCAGACGUUACAUGGCCCCGGAGGUGUUGGAAGGGGCCAUCAACUUCCAGCGAGAUGCUUUCCUCAGGAUAGACAUGUAUGCGGUGGGACUGGUGCUGUGGGAGCUGGCAGCCCGUUGCACUGCAUCUGAUGGUCCAGUGGACGAGUACAUGCUUCCGUUUGAGGAGGAGGUGGGCCAACACCCCACUCUAGAGGACAUGCAGGAGGUGGUGGUCCACAAAAAGCUUCGGCCCACUCUCAGGGAGUGCUGGCAGAAACAUCCGGGUCUGGCCAUGCUGUGCGAGACUAUAGAGGAGUGUUGGGACCAUGAAGCUGAGGCGCGUCUCUCCGCGGGAUGCGUCGAGGAGCGUGUGAUCCAAAUGCAGCGGCAGACCAGCGUCUCCGCCCCGGAGGAAAUAGUCACCGUUGUAACAAUGGUGACCAACGUGGACUAUCCCCCUAAGGAGUCCAGCCUAUGACUGGAGGAUAUCAGCAUGUGAAUUGCGGGCUGACCGAACAGAAAAGAUUCGUUGGGGAUGGUGGUGGACUGCUGUUCUGACGGCUGGCUUCAGACAUGCUGGAUAAUCGUCCUGUACUUACGGCUGGAGCAAAUGCAGACAAUGCAUUUUGUGCCGAAUCCGGGUUUAAUACAGGUUUACCUGGAGCCAGCUACGUUAUUGUAUGUGUUGUGUAUAUAUAAACUAGUACCACGGGGCACUCUGGUAAGGACGGAUGGAUUAUAAGCCGACAUCAAAAACGAACCUCUUUGUUGUCGUUUCUCUGCUCGGAGAAUAAACUUUCCCAUUCAAGGAGUAAACGAGACUCCUCCUCCGCACGGCGCUCAUGUCAUUUCAGUAUAAAAAAGGGCAACGUCCAUGUAAAAAAAGACACAUUUAAUGUGUUCGUAUGAAUGACUAUUGUAAUGCCAAUAAGAAACAGCUUUUUGAAUGUGUAGUGUGACGCUGCUGUACAGAUAUCAACAGAAAGGGUGAUGAUACAACCCAAAUCAACACGUGUUUCCUCUGAAAGCUUUCAGAGUUUCUGUCAGAUAACCACCAACCUCUCGACAAGGUAUACCUCAGUUUCUCAUCCUAAUAAUAAGUUUGUUUUGUAACACUACAUGAUAUAAAAAAAGAGGCUUUUCGAUGACCUCCAUUUGGCACGGAAGCUUUUUAAAUACGGGGAAAACUUUUUUUAUAUGACAGAUUAUGCCAAGAAACGAUGGCCAUUCAUAAACCAGUGUUCUGCCUUCUUUCUUUUAGUUGUUCUCUCUGUUGCCCUGCUGUUUAAAAUGUGAUACUUUUGUUUUUUUAGCAUUGUGACCGUUUGUUUGUUAAAACAAAUUUUGACCUUUAUCAAGACCUGUUGAGAAGAAAAAAUCCCUGAAAAUAUGAAUUUUGUGAACAUAAUACAGAAGCACUUACCAAUA